AUGUCGCGGCGGCGCGGGGACAGCGCGGCGCUGCGGCGGCGGCAGGAGCGCGCGCUGCGCAGCACCAUGCGCGUCGUGCGGGAGCUGGGCCCCGCCGCCUUCCUGCUGCGCGAGGAGGGCCGCGCGGGCGCCCCGCUGCGGGUGGUCCUGGGCGAGCCCCACUCGUGCAGCUGCUCCGCCUUCCGCAGGGAGAGGCGCCUCUGCAAGCACCUCUGCUGGAUAUUGCUGAAAAAAUACCGACUGCCAAGAGAUCAUGAGUAUGCUUUUAAGUUGGGUCUUCUGGAAAGAGAAAUUGAGGAUAUGCUACAGCGACUGCAGCAGCGACAGACACUAAGUCCUCAACAAACCACCUUCUUACCAACACUGAGUGAACAGGACGAGAUGCUCUUCAUUCGUCAGAAAGAAAUCAGUAGAGAGGAUGUCUGUCCCAUUUGUCAGGAGGAGUUACUGAAGAUGAUGCUCCCCAUCACUUUCUGCAGAUAUGGCUGUGGUAACAAUGUACACAUAAAAUGUAUGAAAAUCUGGGCUGACCACCAAGAUGAACUCAGGCCUGGCUCUGUAGUAAAGUGUCCACUCUGCAGGGAAGAAUUUGCACCUCUAAACCUCAUUCUGGAAGAAUUUAGAAACUCUGCCCAACUCGUGACUGCAGCAGAGAGGGCAAGCCUGGAUAGGCACCUCGGAAUCCCAUGUAAUAAUUGCAGAGUAUUUCCAAUUGUGGGAAGGUGCUACAAAUGCACCGAGUGUAUUGAGUAUCACCUAUGUCAUGAAUGUUUCAUUGGCUUUCUUCAUUCUCCCCACGUUUUUGUCUUCAGACAGAAGAGAAAUAAGGCGUGGAGAUCUCUCGACCAGCUUCCAGAAUUACCAGCUCAAGGAGAAAAUUUUAGAAGGUAUAACCCAGGAAAUAAAUCURAAGAACCCCUGUUACAUCUUCAGAAGACUAUUUGUACCCCUAAGAGGAUUGUAAAAUCUUUACCCAACAUUUUAGUUGGGAAACAGAGUCAUUUACUUGCUCCAGGUAUUCAGUGUAGAUGCUGCUUGAAGCCCUUUCACCGUGGUCAACGUGUAAGACUCCUACCAUGCAAUCAUAAAUUUCAUAGGGCAUGUAUUGACAGUUGGCUACUGCACCAAAGAAAUACAUGUCCUAUUGAUGAGUAUGUUGUAUAUAACCCUCUGACUUGGAAGGCUAUGUCAACCAAAGAUGAAAUCUGCCUGACAGGUUCUCACAGAAACAUUAGCAAACUUUCAGAGCAAGCGGCACCAGAAAUUUUUGUAUCAGGAAAUGGAUUAUUUCUCAAGCAAACGUUAUCUGGACAUAUAUCAGAAAGCCUUCAAAGGAGCUUCAAAAAACCUCAUAACAAAGGUGUACCAGACUCUCUAAGCUCUUUUGAGACAUCAUUUUGCAGCAAAACCAAUACUAUUAGCCCUAGAAAGGAUGGCAUUUAUGCUGCUGAGAUACCACACCAAUUGGACUGUAGCAACGCAAACAGAGUUGUUCCUUCUAAAAAAGAUAAAGACUGUGACAAUUCUACGAUUCCGAAAUAUCCCAGGGAGUUGAAUUUUGAAGUCAAUCUAGGUCCAGCAAGCCAGCACUCAAAAAAGGAUGGUAAGGAGGUGAGAAAUGGCAACCAUCAAAGCAGGCUUUUAACAAGACGACUACCUCAUUUGAACAUUAAGGCAGCAAAAAUAGAUUUACUGUUGGAGGGAAUGCAACCGCAUACCAACCCAUGAGUACCUUGUGUUAGAUAACACAGCUGUACGUGGACUUUCCUACUCCGUACAUAAGAUUUCACAGAGAACAAGAAACAACUUAAUACUGAUGUCACGAACUGAAAGUACUACUCGAUGAUGUGGGAAACAUUCUGACUAAACGGGCUGAAAUAAACAGACAAACCGAUAUGGCUGCUGUAGAUGUGUCUCAAAAGAAAAGUCAUAAACCUGCAACAUUAACACUAUUUCUUAUUUGCCAUUUUUAACAUUCAAUCAAAGAAAUUGCUUUUAAAGGAAUUUUAAGSAAAAGCUGCCUUUUACAUUCUUGAAAGACCAACUAGGUAAAGUAUCUUAUUCAGGACUGUAAUGAAUGAAGGCAAACGGAUAUUAACAUUGCCAAAAUAACGGUAGCAAAACUGCUCUUUUUCAACAAGUAAUAACAAAAMGUGAUCUAAUGCAUCAAAGAAGUUUCUUACAACCUCAGCUGGAUUCUGUGUCAUGUACUAUCAUUUAAUGAUAUCUAAGGCCCAAAAGAGAAGCUCAUCUUCCCAGUGUUAACMGGAACACCAAAUUUAGGCAUUUUCAAUUACAUUUAUAUGGCCAAACGAAAGAAUUACUGAGCCUAAAAAUUAGCUCUCAUAAAG